UGAUAACUAACUACCCAAUGCCGGAAAAAAUAGUAAAUUUUAUCUUACAGACCGAUACAGCAUGCCUAUUUGCUCACAAGGUAGGAACCUUACAGUCCGGCCCUCCACAGGUAAUAAAUAGUUCAAUCACACAAGACGUAUUAUGUAAGGUGCCACAGCAGAGAGAUCGAGCCAUUUCUCACGCUUAUUGACGACCGACGGACAUUCCUACACACAAACACACUUGCUUCAGUCUGUUACUAUUGUUUUAAUUAUACCAUUGUCCUAAUUGUUUCUGUUGCAAUUAUUUUAAAACUUUCCGAGGGAGAAUAGACUUGAGUUUUUGUAAACCUAAUGGAAGAUAGCUUUAUAAAUACUGUGGUAAAGUUGCACAAAACUAAAAACUGGAGAGAUAUAAUACAAAAUUAUCAUGAUCAUCCGGAGAGGAAUAAACUGUUGUGGGUGUAUCCUAGUGAAGAUAAUUUGGAUUUCUUGAAGAAGUCGUUGUUAGAUUUGAAUUGUGAUAAUAUUUUGAGCAUCGGCUGCGGAAGCGGGCUGCUUGAGUGGAUCAUUGGAGAAGCCACCGGUUUCCCAAUAAAAGGCAUCGAAGUAGACGGCGUUUGGUGGCAGUGCAAGUACGCCCCGCCCACUUUUAUACCCCUUCUCUUCACUUCCCCCGAGUUAGACAAGGACACCAUUAGUAUCCUUCAAAAUGGCGGCACCACAGCUUUACUAUUCUGCUACUUCAACAACAGACCUGCGUUUGAGAAUUAUUUAAGUGUUUUUAGUGGAAAUGUUAUAGUAAUUAUUGGGCCAGGGGAAGGCACCGGCGUUCAUACUGACCCGUUGCCCUUUGAUGAUGUUAGCGAUGACUGGGCUUUAUACAAAUGGCAGGAAGUUCGAAGCAGUAAGGACUUUAUAUGUAUUUACAUAAGGUCUAAUAACGUAAGAAAUUAAAUGUGAUUAAAUUAAUGGUAUCUAGAUGUUAUUGUUACCUAAUAGAAACUAUGAGAUUUUGAUUAAAUAUUUAUAUAUUUCUAACA